AUUUAUAAACAGCGCUGCGUUCAAGGUGCUGUUUAAAUUCGUCUGCAGUGACAUGACUGCGAGCCGCCGCUUCGUCACUGUGGUCGUCUCCCGGCCGAGUUGAAGCAGUGAUGGCGGGGACGGACGACAUCGACAUAAUGAUGAAUUAUCACGGAGAUGUGUACAAAAACGACAGAAAGAACUGCCGUUAUCCCUACUGCGUUGUGUGGACUCCCAUUCCUAUUCUCUCGUGGGUGCUGCCAUUCAUUGGUCAUAUGGGGAUAUGCACCUCUUCUGGAGUCAUAAGAGAUUUUGCUGGCUCUUACUUUGUCUCGGAGGACAGCAUGGGUUUUGGAAGACCAACAAAGUACUGGAAGCUUGACGUGGACAAAGUGUGUGGCAAUGGUGCUGUUACCUGGGACACAGCGGUGCAUGAUGCAUCCGAGGAAUACAAAUGCAGGCCGCACAACUUGUGCUUAGAUAACUGCCAUUCCCACGUUGCCAUGGCUCUCAACCUCAUGCGCUAUGACAACAGCACCUCUUGGAACAUGGUCAACUUGUGUGUGCUGUCGCUCAUUCAUGGCAAAUAUGUAAGCUGGCCUGCGUUCCUCAAGACCUGGCUGCCCUUCGUCAUGCUCUGCGGAGUCUUUGCCAUGUUUGUCCUGACAUUCAACCUUCAGUAAUGCAGCAAACCCAUUUCUUUGAUUUGCUUUAUGCUUCAUAGUCAGAGAUUUGUAUGUAGUGAUGUGAUCAUGUCCAGAAGGGUACUUAGGGCCUUAAUAUUAUUCCACAGAGUAAUUCCUAUUUAUUAUUCUCAACUAAAGCUCCCUGUUGUAUGCUGAAAAAUGACAAUAGAGUACAGUAUAGCGGUACGGUUGGCUUUCACAUGUAUUUUUCAUGAUAAAUGUUGUUCCCCAACUGCCUAAUGUACAGUUCCAUGAUGAAAAAUGGCAGUGACAAUAUGAAUCACUAUGCAAUUUCAAUGCUGAACGUAUUCAUCAAUUAUAUGGGAGAUUAAGAGAUAAGAAGCACUACCGAAGACAGGAUGAUGUAGAACCCACAGGAGGAGAGAUGACCUGGAAUUGAUAAAUGUGAUUUUUUUUUUUUUUGUAUUAUUAUUUUAUAUCUUGACUGAACUAGAGAAUGUAAUUUUAACAUAAAAUGAGCAGUACUGUAUUUAGGGAUGCUCGAUAAUUAUUGGGCCCAUAAGAGGAAUGAUGAUGUCCAUCCAAUAAAUCAGAUCACAUUUAAAUUAGGUCAGAUUAACUCAUUAGCGCCAAUUAACUCAUUUGACAUUUUUAGGUGAUUAGAUGAUUUUGACUGAUCUUUAGUGCAGAGUUGCGUCAUCAUCAUCAUCCUUUUUCCUCUCAUGCAAAAAACGUAAAGUACGUAUAAAUACAUUGUUGGGAUCGGGCCUUCGGGAUGACAAAAACAUAUAAAUAUGUUUCUGGUAUUGAAUGAGUUAGCAUUUUGAAGCUUAAACUUGACCAAAUAAAGUCAACUCAAAUACAAUACACCACAGCGGCCGAGUGGUUAGCGCACAGCCCACACAGCUAGUAGACCUGAGUUCGAUUCCACCCUCGCCAUCUCUGUGUGGAGUUUGCAUGUUCUCCCCGUGCAUUUGUAAGUUUUCUCCGGGUACUCCGGCUUCCUCUCACAUUCCAAAAACAUGCUAGGUUAAACGUGAUAAACGAGGGACGACUGCUGUGCUCUAGGUGGGUUAUCAUGAACAAAUCAAGCCUCUGUGACAUCCAGCAACGGCCUGUCGUAACUUCCCUUGAGUUCACUUGUAAACAAAUGUGGUGUCAAUCACGUGGGACUUUUUCCAGAGGAAAGCGUUUCUCCAAAUGCUCUGCAGACGUUCCACCAAGAGGACAAAAACAUCACACUUGAACACAUCAAAUUUGAAACAUCAGCAUUGCUAUGACGCCCGGGGCUUGUUCCUAUCACAGUAACAUUUAAACUAAAGCAAUCUAGUCAGCUAAUGAACCACUUAAAAGCUACAGUUUAUACUUGUGUUUUGUUUUUAGUAGUGAUGUCAUGACAUUUGGUAAGGACAAGUCUACAGGUACAGUUGGUCAAACCCAACUUUGUGCACCAUUUAUAAUUAAAUCUAAAUGUAAAAAAUGAUAGAUACAAAAAGUUAUUGUAUCAGUGCAUCCUUAACUGUACAAUACUAUUACGGCACUUGUUUGUAUCACAUCAGUAUUGAAUUGUAAAGUGGAGGUCACAGCCAUUGGAUGCUCUGAUUGUCCGCUGUACCUUUAAGGGAACUACACGCUUUUUUUCAUCCACCAGAUUCUGCGCGACAAGAACCCCCAUCAAUUCACAGGACCCUUUAUUCCCAGAGUGCAGCAGAUGAGGAGGGACUAUUUGCUGGAGCGCUUUUUGCCUCCUCUGCAUUGUUCUUUUUAGUUUGUGAGAUCUGCUGCAU